UGGAGAGCGAAGGGCUGGGAUGAUUCAUCCCUCAAAACCUGUAGCCUUGCUCCCCGGAACUGGAUGUCGGCAUAACCCGGAAGAGAUAACCCACGCGGGAGGAAGACCGUGGUGGCCGUGCGGAGCUGAAGGAAACUUCAGAUAUCUUUCAAGUCCGUGAGCAUGGAUUACUUGGCUCACCCAGGCACACUCAGCCUGGCUGCUGGAGUUGCCUGUGGCAUAUGUUUGGGUUGGGGCCUCCGAGUCCGAUUUGGGAUGACUCCCAGAACCUCUGCAGUGAAUAAGAAAAGCCCAGAGACUGAGACUGAAGCCAGCAUCUUGGGAGAAAGUGGGGAGUUCAAGAUGAUUCUUGUGGUCCGAACUGACUUGAAGAUGGGGAAGGGAAAAGUGGCAGCUCAGUGUUCUCAUGCUGCUGUUUCUGCCUACAAACAAGUACAAAGGAGAAACCCCGAGCUUCUGAAACAGUGGGAAUACUGUGGUCAGCCCAAAGUGGUAGUCAAAGCUCCUGAUGAAGAGUCUCUGGCUGAAUUGCUUACUCACGCUAAAGUGCUAGGACUAACUGUGAGCUUAAUCCAAGAUGCUGGACGUACUCAGAUAGAACCAGGCUCUCGGACUGUCCUAGGGAUUGGCCCAGGACCAGCAGAUUUAAUUGACAAAGUUACCGGCCAUUUAAAACUUUAUUGAGCUGAAUUUUGUAUGGUGGUGGGGUGCAAUUAUUUUUAGACAACCUCCAUUGUGCUCUAACAAUAAAAGACAACUUGCUCUUAUAGCUGUUUUUUAAUGUUAGCAUUCUUGGAAUGAUAAUAAAGUUUGUUUUGGUUUUCA